AUGGCAGAAGAAACGACCCCUGUCAAGGAAGCUCCGGACGAGUCCACCCUCGAGACAAGCCCGUUGGGCAUCGACAAGCCGGCUUCAGAGGUGCCUUCCGAUGAGCCACCCCUUGAUGAUCCCGUCGAGGCCGAGAAUACGGAAGGCGAGAGACCCUUGCAUGAGCUGCUUUUGACAAUGGCCAAAGAUGAUGAAGAGCCCAAGAAAAAGACCGAUCUUGACAAGCUCAGCCACUUGUUGGAAGUCGUGGCUCAAGUCGAUGCCAAAGACGCCGACGGUGGAACGGCCUUGCAUCUUGCAGCCGCGAAGGGGCUUGUUGAGGCAGCUACGAAACUCAUCGAUGCCAAGGCGAACCUCUCGGAACUAGACAACGAGCGUCGACAACCUCUACACCAAGCCUGUUCGGAGGGGCAUCUCGACGUUGUCAAUCUACUUCUCGAAAAUGGCGCCGACACCCAGAUCACCGAGGAAGACGGUUGGUCUCCUCUGCACUUGGCAAGUGGGUACGGCCACACAAAAGUAAUUCAAGCUCUUCUUGAGAAAAACAACAAAAACAUCAACGACACUGAGUCGCUGGCAGGCUGGACCGCGCUGAAUGCGGCUAUCUACCAUGGACACGGUGAUGCUGUUGUUGCUCUGCUGGGGAAAAAGGCGGAUGCUGGCAAACAAGACAACGACGGCUGGACACCAUUAAUGACAGCAAUAAAACAGAAACAUGAAGAAAUUGUGAAAAAGCUGCUCGGUCUGGGAGGAGACCCUCAACUGGAGAAACGCGACGAGUUAGGACACACGCCUCUCCUGGCGGCAAGCAUCAAUGGUUUCUCGGCUGGUGCGAGUCUGCUGAUCAAGGCGGGCGCAAACUGCAACGUUCAGUCAACCAAUUCCAAAUGCACGCCUCUGAUAACUGCGAGUGACUGGGGUCAUAGCGGUGUAGUCAAAGUUCUCCUUGGGGCCAGCCUGACAAACGUCAACGCUCAGGAUAAGGAUAUGUGGACUGCUCUGCACGAGGCUAGCAACAAGGGUAACAGCAAGGUCGUUGAGAUUCUUCUACAGCACCAGGCCGAUGUCGACAUUAGAAACGAUGUCGACCAGACAGCCUUGCAUUUGGCAAGUGAGAAGGGAAACGAGAACAUUGUCAAGCAGCUUCUGAAGGCCAAAGCGAAAGUGAAUGCAGAAGACAAGGACGGCAAGACAGCGUUGCAUUUCGCUAGUGGUGCCGGACCUGAGGAUUACAGCAAGCAGAAAGAUGAGCUAGGGCCUGAUGACCUCAGUCCUGACGAGAAAGGGAUGAUGGAGUUCCGCUCCGGCCAGCAUGCUGCCAAGGAGACGGCGCUGCAUCUUGCCGCAGCCCGUGGCGACCCAGCCAGGCUGGGACUUAUCCUCGACAAUAUGGAGCAAAAGCUCAUGGCGACCAAAAACGACCAGGGCAGGACCGCUCUCUACAUGGCUUGUACUGGAGACAGCCCGGAAAUGGCGGUGGAAUGCCUUCUCAAAUCAGACAAGUUGAGGAACGCAGAGUUUGGGAGAAGGGACGGGGAGGAUGACGAAAUCAAGUGGGCUGCAAACUAUCCGGAAACUCAUGAAAUCGCAAAAUGGCUCAUGGAGGAAAGGUCAAAGAGAAAAGAGACGGCCCAGCCUGCAGGAUCUGACAAAUGGAAUAUGAUCGAGUGGGCGGCAUACAGUCAACUCCCCGAGGUACUCUCAUCACUCAUUGGCCAAUCUCCUGGGAGCUCAGAUACUCAAGCCGCGCUGAAAUCCGCACUGAAGUCGAAGCUGGAGUCGGCCUUGCAGUCUGCACAUGAGCUCAGAGAGGACGCAGAGCAGAGCAAGUUCCGCAAAGUACUCAAGCUGCUCAUCGACGACGUUCUUCCAACGCCUAAUCUCAAGACAGCGCUGAAAUUCGUGCUAGAUGUGACCUUGGAUUUGACCCUAGGGACAAGGGCAAACCAGGGGGCGGGGCAUAAGCAGCUUCUCCAGGUACUGUCGCUGCUCACCGACUCUUUCCCUAAGACUCCUGAGAUUAGGGAAACACUGAAGUCGGCUUUGAAGUCGGCGAAGAAGGCAGAGAACCAGCCACAGGACCCCGGGCAGGGAUCGAUACCACACAAAAUGUCCAAAGAUGAGGCCGGAACAUCUUCGCAAAAAGGCAAGGAGAAGGGUCCAGAGAAGACCGAGAAAAGGCGCGAGAAAACCGCACAGACCGCACUGCCAGCCAAGGAGCUCGAAACAGACUACCUUCUUGCCCUCGUGGAUAUCCUACGAGACCCUACCUUCUCGCAAACGCACAAAGACGUCAGAAUUGACGGGCCGCCAAAGCACAACCCCAGACUGUCGGAGAUACUGAGAAACCUAGAAGCCACCAUCGUGCAGUUCUACAAGGGCGAGGGCGAGUCAGGAACAUUUCGACGAUAUCGAUCGUUGAAAGAAGUCAUUUAUGACCACGGACCAGGAAGUAUCAUGGAAAAGACCAUCUCAGACCUAAGGAAGGUCCUUGGGGAGAGAUCGAAGGUUCCAGACUCUCUCACAUAUCUCGAGACUAAGCCCAAGUUUACGUGGGUUCAUCUACCGGCAACAAACAUGGUUUGGAUGAAUGACAUCUUGAUGAGGAUCAUGAAUGAUGAGGGAUGUGAAGCCCGACAGUAUCACGAACUCAAGACAUUUUUCCGAGACAGUUGGACUCAGGUGCCGGAUAGGACAUCUUCAUCGAGGAGCAUGAGGCCGCGCACUGUGGAAAGGCGUCAACAGAAACGGGUCAGCAGGAAAGAUGGAAACAUCAAGAAGGAAGAAGAGGAGAAAAGCGACAAGGGAAACAAAGAGGCGAGGAAGGAAGAGGAGGAGGAUAGAAGAGAAGAGUCUGGCAAAGCGAAGAAUGAGACAAAUUCCAAGGAGGAUCGACGAGAGAAGAGCAAGCCUGAUUUUGGAGCCGCAUCAGCCACUUACAUGCCUUACUUUUGCUUCUCAACCUACUACCCGGACGGUGCCAGCUUGUGCGAAAAGCAGACGAAGUUCAAAGAUAUGAAAACGGCCUACGAGGACCUGAAGGGUGCUCAAAGCCCCGUCAUUCAUGAAUCGCCAACCCUCGAUGAAUGGUACUAUCAAUUUGCAACUGAUAAUGAGUCCCAGGAAGACCGGCGUCGUCGCAACAAAUCACAGGUUGUUACCAAGGCCAUAGAAGGGAAUAAGAGCACCAAGGACGGUGACAAGACCCCGAAGAAAAGAGAUGAAAACACAGAGGAAGAUGAAGAGAAUGAGGCCAGAAAACGGACAUUGGUCCGAGUCAAUCAGCUAUGGGCGUGGACGAUUGCAAACAAAUGGCUCAUAACCGCCACCUCUUGCUUGUUCGACGAUAGCAACGGUACGCUGGUGGAAGGAAUUCUUGAGCAACUGGGCAAAGAGGCUGAGGCUGGGGGGAGCGCGUCCCAGCCAGAGUCGGCAGCUGAUAUGUGCAGAAUUAUCGUCGACUACUGCAUCGGGACUUAUGAGAGACCCCCGAAGCUUGAGGAGCCAAAUUUUGAGCAGUCGAAGUCCGAGAAGGUGAGGCCUCAGGAGCCAAAGCCUCAAGGUCAAGGUUCUAUCCGGCAACUAUUUUCCAAGACCACCAACCAAAUUGGAAGAGCUGAAGCAACCCUGUUCGAGAAAUUCAGAAAACAAACGGAAAAUUGGCGUCCAAGUGAACCAGAGAAAACAACAGAAGAUGCUUCCUCCCUGGGGGACAAAACCUUGCGUCUUAGCUCACUCAAAGGCUCAUCCAGAGGCUCAUCCACCAAAACAUCCGAAACAUCAUCCCGGAACUCAGUAUACAACGAUACCAGAAAGUCUAUCAUAGAAGCAGAGGAGAUGUGUUGCGACAUCAAAGACAUCCGUGAUGAGCUCGACAUUCUCCAAUCAGCCGCCCAGCACCAAAAGACUGUUGAAGAGGGGUUGAAGAGAGGGUUGAAGAAGGGGUCCCAGGGUGUAGAUCUCGCAGCGGCGUACAUUUUGAAAGAUCUCGAAGAGAUGGAUACUAGUGCCACGAGGAUACAGUCUGCUAUCAACACGACCCUUUCGCUUCUUCAAAGCGAGAGUGCGAACCUCCAGGCCACCCUUUCUCUAAAGCAAAGUGAGACUUCCAAUCGCCUGGCGGACCUGGCGACAGAACAGGGCAAGAAGGCUGUAGAACAGGGCAUUGAAGCAAGGAAACAGGGAAAGGUCCUCAUGGUCUUCACUGUUGUCACGAUUCUCUUUCUCCAACUAUCCUUUCUCUCCUUCCUAUUCGCCUUGGACGUUGCCUCCUUUCAGCAGGCUCCUGGCUGGGCCUUUGUUGUGAUUUGUCCGCUCCUCUUCAAAACACGCCAACUAUUGCCCCUUCGUCAUGGAAGCAGAAACCCCGACGCUGGUAUUGCCAACGACACCUCCAAGAAGUCAGAGAGGCUCAAAGAGGGUUCAAAGAAGACGUCGGAGAAUACAGACGGCUUGCAAGAGCUGUCAGGAUCGCAAGACGAGAUCUAUCUCUCUGCCCUGGAGCAGCGGCUGCAGAGGCUUGAACAGCGACAGGAUGUUGAGUCGAGACCGCCGCAGCCAGCUGAACGCAGAGUCUCUCGCAAUGAUUCUAUUCCUGAGGCCAGUAUAGCUUCUCGAGAAAUACAGGCCUCCCCGGCAACGCAAGGCCCAUACUCACCAAACACAUCUCGCUACGCCAGCAACGUGGAUGGAUUAGCCACGGUAUCGACAACCACCGGGAGUGAAUGCAUGUACGGUCCGUCAUCUACAAUUGCAUUCGUACAGUUUUGCAACGAGGCGAAUAGACAAGGGUCACUCCCGGAGUCGGACCAACAGAUUGAUGAACCACCAUCCGCAGCCGUUCCAGAGGCCAUUCGUGAGAAGGAUUCUUUUGCUGCCGUGUACCCGCCGCGGAGGACCGCUGACGACUUUGUUCGAUGCUUCUGGGAGUUUGUGCACCCCGUCUUUCCGGUACUUCACAAGACGAGCUUUAUGAACAGAUACAACCUCCUCUGGUCGGCAGAGGAGAACGAGGCAAACAACGAUAAUAUUUCAGAGAUGGAUGAAGUAAUCUUCUCUUCCACGCUUAACAUCGUUUUUGCCAUCGGAUGCCGGUUCAGCGAGUCUGUGCCGGCUGCAAGCAGAGCGACACUCGCCCAAACCUUUUAUCAACGAUCUAGGUCCAUAUACCGCUUCGAGAUCCUCGACUCCAUGUCUCUUUCAGCUGUUCAGAUGCUGCUUUUGACAGGAGUUUAUCUACAGUCCACCCAGCAAGCAACCCGUUGCUGGAAUGCUGUGGGUCUGGCAAUCAGAGCUGCGCAAUCCUUGGGAUUGCACGUCGAGUCACCGAAUCAGCCUCGGAGCCAGUUAAGCAGAGAGAUGAGGCGGAGAGUAUGGCAUACUUGUUUGGUGUUGGAUAAACUUCUGAGCAUGACUUUUGGGAGACCUGCCAUGAUAUCGACGAGCUGGCACGUCCCGCUGCCAUCACUGAUUGAUGACGAAUACUUAUCCGCCGAUGGUCAAGGAGAGCAGCCUCAGGACAGGCCUUCAAGACUGGGAUUACUUAUCUGGUCGUCAAAAUUAUUUCUCAUCUUGGAUGAAAUCCUUCUCAGCUUCUACGCUCCACAUCCACAAAAGAGCGUCGACACCAUGUCUGAGGGCGACUUGAACGUUCAGCAAAUUAUCUCGGACGUUAUGGUACUCAACAGGCGUAUCGAAGAGUUCUUUGAUUCGAUUCCUAAAUAUCUUCGUCUUGAGACCGGGUCGGAUAUUGUACCCGAGCAGCAGGAAGUGAGCGUUACAAUUCAAAAGCAGAUCCUGAAUUGCCGGUAA